GCAAAAAAGAUAAAUAAUCACAGUCUCGCGUUUUGCAGUGGGGCGGUGGGUUGUGUUUGUGUGUCUCGCUCGUAAUUCUAUAUAUCACAGCUAAGCAGUUCGGUAAAAGCUUUAUUUCAACCAAAAUUACGCAAAUCGCUUCAUUCGCCUUUCCGACUCGAGUGCAGUACCAACAGCAACGAAGAAGUGGUGUGGCACAAAGAAAACGGGAAAGAAAAACAACAACAAAGAUUAUCGCUUCUGGGUAGAGUAGGCGAAAAAGGUCGGAAGGUGCAAAGAAGGGAAACGAAGAAGAGAAAAAACAACAAACACUGGUGUUUGUGUGUGUGUGUGGGUUGUAUACCAAUCCAAGGGGUUCGUAACAAUUUGCUGCGCGUUCAAUUUGCUUCCUGCACAUUCAUUGCACGGAAGCAGCAAAUCAAAAAGGAGAGGGUGAAAUCGGGGGUGUGUGUGUUUGAAGAAAGCGAACGAUAUCAAAUACAACCAGCCCGUCGCAUUCGUCGAAACAAGUAAAUAAAACCCACAACGGAAAUCGACAGGGUGGGGUGGUGUGCGAAAAAGUGAAAAACCACCCCCCCACACACCCACAACAAAACACACACUCUCUGCCUUUUUUCACCCGUGCAGUGUGGUAACGGAGUGCACACACACAAACACACAGUCGCCUAUUGCUUCAAAUGCUGCCAACGUUCGGCUACUGUGAUGAAAUUGUAGAAAGUGUUACCCAGCCAGCUUGUAUCGCGAUACAGCAAAUUCUGUCGCUCCGAAGGGACAACAUCCCUUCCUGAAGGAAACAGUUCUCGUACACCAGUGCAUACUGCUGCUGCUGCUGCUGCUGCUAGUGGUGGUAGUGGUGGUGCAUCGUGAAAAUUGCGUCGUACUACUACGUGCACUGCUGGUGGAAGCGUUUGAUGGGGUUGUGGCGGGGCCGAAGGGAACGACGGGCAGAUCCUACCACUACGCCUCCGGAAGCGAAACAGCAGCAACGUUCACCUAUAACGACGACAACAGCGACAACAACCACAGCAACACCUGCAACAAAGGGCGAACGUCAUCAUCGAUCCGAGAAGGGUUGUUGCAUCGCAGCGGCAGUGGCGGAACCGUACGGUGGUGGUGAGGUGAAAGCUGUGACCGUAUCGCGUCCCGAUCAAGGGCAUUUGCAACGUGCUGGUGUUGUUGCUGCUCCGGGCGGUCCCAGCGUGAUGUGUAGCAGCCCAAACUGGGGCCAGCUGCCUGCCCUUGCGAUAACGAACGUUUUCCAGCACCUGGACCAUCCGGAUCGGUUGAACGCGUCGACGGUAUGCUGGCACUGGCGGUCUGUGAUUUUUCAACCAAGAUUCUUUAAACGCAUUCAGUUCGAUGUCGCUCGUGAGCAGAACAAAAAGAAUAGCUUCUUUUUGCAAAAGCUUGCUCAUAUCGUAAGCGAGGCGAAGGUUACGUUUGAUUCCUGCAAUCUGUACGAUGUGGAGCUUACUGCGGAAAUUCUAUACAAGCUUAGCAAAAGUGCUCGCCUGCUCAGGCUUUCCAUCCUUCCGAAGUACGCGACCCUAGUUACACCGGGUCGGUUCUAUUCCGAGGAAGAAUGGAACUACAUCCUCAAGCUCUUUGUUCAACCACUGAUAGCACUGCUUAGCCGCAAGAAUCCACCCCUGCGGGCGCUAGAUUUGGGUUGUUCUGAAAUUCUUGCCCUCCAUGCAUCGGACUUUCUGACCCUAACCGCAAAGCCGCAACACCUUGAGCGGCUCGCCUUUGCCACCGUGAAGCAAGAUCCGGGCCACUAUCCGUUGGGUUUGAUCGAGCCGCCGCUGCUGGAAAAAUGUACCGCCCUGCGUGUGCUCUCGCUCGACUACGACAGCCUGUGCGAUGAGGUGCUGCAGACGCUGCAGCUUCUACCGCUGCGGCAGCUGAUCGUGCACGUGCACGGUAUCGACGAGGACCACUUCGGGCUGUCCGAGGAGGCGUGGGCUAGCUUUCGCAACAAAAAUCCCGAAACCGAGCUGCACCUGACGCUGGUGUGCGCGUACGAGGCGGUGGAAAUACUGCACACCCACAUCCUGCGGCCGUCGAUGCCGCUGACCCAUCUGAAGGUGUUGUUCUGUGAGAAGAUUAAUUGCGAAGCUUUGGAAUACCUUUCACGCUUUCACAACGAGACCCUACGCAGCUUGAUCUGGGUUGAUUCAAUGCGCAUUGAGGAGUAUCGCAACAUCAUGGAGCUGGUAAUGCACACGGAGCAGGACCCGCUGGUGAUGAUGGCAUGGCGAUGCAAAAAGCUGCAAGAGCUCAUCGUGCACGGGUACGUGCUCGAUCCGCACAAUGUCGUCGGCGUGGCGCGUUUGCGUGGCCGCGAGCUGCAGGUGCUGGAAGUGUCCGGCAUUCAUCUUUCCAUCCCAUCCGUCAUGGUGUCACCAUUUAUCGAGGAAAUUAGUGCACAACUUGGCCGAAAAUGGUGCCCACUGGAUGCGAAAACACUUCCACCCGCUCUCCGGUUCUAUCCCGUGUCGGAUGAGGUACGUGAUCAGUACAUCUUAAAGUAUAUUCGCAAGGACAUUAUGGAGUAGCGAGCGCGCACACACAGCGUCCCCAAAAGCGUGCCCCCUACGCGAGAGCGAGAGAACAGCAGGGAGCAGGGUUUACAUUCUACAUUAUAUUUCGGGGGAGUUUUUUUUCGCUAGAGUGCGCGACCGCGUGAGAAGGAAAGCGCCGCUUUACAAACCAAACAGUGCUAUUAGUGAGCGCAUUUCGAAAACAUUCUCCUCCACGAUACUGAACAAUGUGCCACCACCGGAAACCAAGAACGAGGAGGAGGAGUACGCGUUACAGUUCCAAUAGUCAAAUAACGUUCGUUUGUUUUUGGCUCUCGGGGGGCUGUCUGAUCAAUGACAAAGACCCCCCACAGCGCUAGAAGAUGUUAGAAGUGCUAUUGCAUCGAACUCUAACGUGGCGAAGAACGGAAUGAAAUCCACCAUCGAAGCCGAUUUCGAAGGAAGUGCGCGUACCGCUACGCAACCGAGUACGGAAGACUGAGAGCUUUAAAAACCACCUAGAGAGAAAGAGAAAGACAGAGAGAGAGGAGUUGAUGAUCGAGUAGUAUUCACACUGUCGCUGUGCAUAGCGUAAAAAGCAAGCCUACUAUUAACAGCAACAGCACCAGCAGCAGCAGCAGAAAAAUCCGCUGAUACAAAACGGGUGUAGUGUGUUAUAUCGAGCAGCAAGGAUAUCGGUUUAGACAACUUUACAUCGUUUAUUUUUUUUUUACAAAAAUGCUGUUUUCCCCCGUUUCGUACAACGCAUGGUUAUAUUUUUUCCCCACAAAAUGCGAACGAUUCACGUGGAAGCGGCCAUUGAUCAUACACACACACACACACCCCAACUAGAAAGGAAAUAGUGAGGAUUUAUUUAUACAAAGUAAUAUAUUUUAGAAAAUCAGCUAGAGCUAAGGGAAAUACCCCACAGUACGAGCAAUGACGUCCACAAUGAUUGGCAAAGCAAGGCCUAAGCAAGCUGGGAAAGCAUCCAAUAACGAUCAACGCGUAUCCUGCGUGCACGGAUCCUCCAGGAGAGGAGCCAUAGGACCGAUCGUAUCAAAGCAAUGAAGAUCUCUCCAGUAACAUGACGUGGGAAUGACGACGAACCUGUGUGAACAGAAACAGGGCGUCGCAACUAAGGCAGUCCACCAAGCACGAAAAGCAGCAAAACCAACGUGUGGUGUUCCGUGAUGUGUGUGUGUGUGUGUGUGUAAAGAGUUUAUUAAGCCUGACACUCUUGGGUAGGGUAUAGCCGCAAAAAAAAACACAUUUCGGCUGCAAAACUUGCCAUCGGAAAGGAUGAGGGGGCGCCAAAUAGCAAAACCAAACCACAGGCAACACGCAAAACAAGAACACAAACCCGCAACCAAUCUGUGAUGAUAAUUACCACUUUUGUGUUACUCUUAGAGCAGACCCCAGGCCGGACGGAUUCUUUUGGUUCCUUUGGUCAGCAACGAAAAAGGGAAUUUACGUGUAUUGUUUCGUCUUGUCACACACCGCCUCGUAGCGGUAAAAUAGCGGAAGGCAGAUUUUGUUUUCAUCAUCGCAAAAUGAACCUUUAUUUAUUGUAGCGUGUACGUUAUUUGUUUAAAAAACAAAACAUUCGAUGUGACGGAUUUAUUUGUGUUGCACCCCAUAGCCAAAAAGAAACAUAAUACGCAUUAGUUAGAGACAGUCCACUGAGUACGUGUACACCGCCGUUCACAUAGUUUGAUUUGGUCUCGAUCGAUCGAUCCGUAACCAAAGAUCGUCUGUUGGGCGGUCGGUUUUAAGUAAUUAUUGUGCAAUUUCUUGCGUUCCAGCGAAUCAGGAACCACUUCAUCACAAACUGUUGUACAAAAAUCUAAUCGCCCAUCUCAAUCAAUCAAGUAACUAAAGGAAGAGAAAAAAGGAAUAUCGUAAAGUGUUCCAGCUACACUGUGUGCCCAAAAAUAAUAAUGGAGUCAAAACAUCCUAAUCGGGUUGAAGAAAAAGCGAAGCACUAUUGUAACACAAAUAUUCAAAACACUAUGGAACUGAAACACCUCAACCUAAUGCGAAACUAGACAGUACACGUGUUGGGAUGGGAGGUCUAUUGCGACCAUAGAAGUGAGUUAUUUACGAAGCUAUAGCUGGCUGGCCCACUUACAACGCUGCAGGCAAUCUCAAUUAUUGUAUAGAAGAGAGAAGAAAUCAUGAAACAAAAACCAAAACUAGCAAAAGCUAUAUGAAAACACCAUAAGCCGUCCUACAGUGAAGAAGAAUGGGAAAAUGUGCGCGUAUAUUAACGAAUUGCGUACACAAUCAGCAAACGGUUGCUCGACCAGCUAACAAGAUGCGCAUAAUAUCUAAAAGAUUGAAAGCAGAUAAAGAUUGGAACAAGCUAGAAGAACGACGAGAAAGAAAAACAUAAUAAAAUUAGCCAAAUAAACAAUUAAAGAACUGAUGAAGAAUCCAAAAACAAAAACAGAACAGAAGAGAAACAUUUUAAACAGAAGAAGGGAACAAAACAAUGUCGGUUACAACAAAGUGUGCCUAAAAGUUAAAAAAGGACAAGCAUAGUGAAAUUACAGUAAAGUAAACUAGGAGAGCACAGAUGUGUGUAACGGUAACAAACGCCCAUAGUGUUGUAAAACCAGCGCUGCUCAAGAAGAGGAGGACGGAACACACAGUUAUUCCGCUCAGGCUCAGAACAACUGAAGAUAGUACACACCUUAGGGAUGCCGGAUGCGAAACGGCGCAACAUCAAACAAAUAAGCUCUACGAAAUGAAACUUACUUUUACAACAAAUAGUUUAAACCCGGUUUUGUUUAAAA